AAACGUGGCAGAAACAUAGAUGAGCUUCCAAACACCAAGCGCAAACGUUUAAGACCAGGUGAAAUUUCUCCUCCUCGACCAGUUCCUGAACACAUACAAAGGCCUCCUUAUGUGAAGUCUAGGAAACCACCUGGGAUUGGUAGUGGCUUUGAAGUGCAUGACAGAAAGGGAAUAGAAAAGAUGAGAGCUUCUGGAAGGCUCGCUGCACAGGUUCUUCAGCAUGCUGGGACAUUAGUCCAGCCAGGCACUAUGACAGAUGAAAUUGACCAAGCUGUUCACCAAAUGAUCAUUGACAAUGGAGCAUAUCCGUCACCUCUUGGUUAUGGUGGAUUUCCAAAGAGCGUAUGCACAUCAGUGAAUGAGUGCAUUUGCCACGGAAUCCCAGAUUCACGUCCACUUGAGGAUGGGGAUAUUAUCAAUAUUGACGUCACCGUUUAUCUUGAUGUAAGUAUUCUGUUGCAAUUGAUUAGUGUUGUUUGCUGUCUCUUCAUUGCUUCAAUUUUUCUGUUUUUACUGAAAUAGAUAGUGCCUUGAAGC